AUGAGUAUCUAUAGAUAUCCCCGUUCUCCGUUCCACUCAUUUGUUAAUCUCAAACAUCCUCGUCUAAAUGCACUCAUUUAUCCAUUUGUAUCACGAAUAAAUUUAUCUCAAGCACCGAAUCAAUGGCUGCAAGAAUAUUUGUCACAUAUUCAGCCAUUGACUACUGCUAUUCAACUUGAUGAUGAUCAAUUAGAUGUAAUAUUUCCUGAAGCAGUACUCGACGUGUAUCCCCAACUUCAAUCUGUUUUCUUGUGUAAUAUACCAGAUGAAAAUGCUAAAUGUUUUCUCUAUUUGGAAACAUUUAAAACACAAUUAUCAGUGUUAAAAAUGGUCUUAACCGAUUAUGAUGUUCAAACUCCGGAGCCACACUAUUCAACAUUAUUUAGAUCUGAUUGUUCAUUACAAACAUUACUACUGUCUAAUUUAUUUUUACCUAUUGAGAAUAUUCAACCAACAUUGAUCAAACAUUUGACAGUGUAUAAUUUAUAUCGUUUUCAUCAUUUAUUUCUUCUUUUCGAACAUUUACCACUAGUUGAAUAUAUGAAAAUUAGAAUAAAUUCGCUUCCAUACUCGACUGAUGAAUGUGAUUAUAAAAUGAGUGAUAAUUUAUUGUCAAAACAAUUGCAUACAUUUGAUCUUCAAAUAUCUUAUUAUCUUGACGAAAAUAUGUACAAUUAUCUUGAAUUAUUAAUCCUACAAUUUUUUACUUCAUUAAAAAAUUUAACAAUGGAUAUUUUACUUAAAAAUUUACUUAAUGGAAAACGUUUAGAAAAAUUUUUUAGACUAAAACAAUUUCAUUUUCGUAUACAAAUGAUUUUACCGUCAGAUAAUCUGUUUGAUAUGUCAACAUUUCCAACCGAUUUACAAAUAAUUUCGUAUACUAAUCAUCAGGAGAAUACUCAAACCCUUUUAACAUUGCCUAAUACAUUCGAAACUUUUGAUCAAAUAUCUAGUGAUAUUGUUAACUAUCAUUCAAAUAUAAAUAAUCCUAUUAAAUUGAUAAAAGUGAAACAAAUUAAAUUGUACGAUACAAGAUCCUAUACAUUGAAAUUUUUCAAUUUUAUCAAGCAAACAUUUCCGUGUAUUAAUACAUUAGAAUUUUUUCAUUAUUGUUAUUUAACUGAUGAUAUGAUAAAUGAUGAUAAAAUUACAUUAGAUUCAAUUCAUUCAUUAUUUAUUCAUGCUUCACUUGACUAUUCUCGAAUUAAACGCCUUUUACUGUUAACACCCAAUAUUAAACAUCUAUCAACUUCUUACCAAACAUUAUUAAUAUUGAAACAAGAUUUAGAAAAUGAUAUUAAUCAUUAUGAACGUUUACAUCGAAUAUGUCAACAAAUAAUUACCUUAAAUAUUCGUUCGAUGAAUAAAGGUGAAAUGCAAAGUAUUUUUUUAAAUGCUACGAUUAUAUAA